AUGCCAGCACCUCCUGCUCAAGAUGGGCUUGGAUGGGACGACGGUGGACUAUAUGUCAAGCCAAUCUGGACACGAGAACCAUCUCUGGUGGACAUAGAGAAUCUGUGCCGCAAAGAGCUUCGCAUCGACACGGGAGACACCUGUGCAGUGUCCUUUCACGCCGAAGGCGCCUUCAAUAAGCUGUACCUAAUUGAGACGAACCAGGGGAAAUCACUACUUCGAGUCUCGCUUCCAGUCCACCCGCACAACAAGACCCGAGGCGAGGUCACAACGUUGCGCUUUCUACGCGAUAGGACAGAUGUCCCAGUUCCGGAGGUGAUCGCGUUCGAUGAUUCUUCUUAUAAUUUGAUUGGGUUUGAAUGGAUCCUGAUGGAGAUGAUGCCAGGCGUCUCCGUCUACAAGCGAUGGCGAACCCUGACCAUGUUCCAGAAGGUGGCCCUCGUCCAGCGUGUGGCCGAGCUUCAGACCCAGAUCUCCCUCAAGAGUUUCUCUAAAAUUGGGACCCUCAAAUCCAGUGACGUGGAUCAAAGCGGAAAAAACCAGCAGCCAGGCGAGCUUGUUUCACGCUUCUUCUUUUGGGGACAACAUUUCGACUACGACGUUGGCCGCGGCCCUUUCCGCUCGAGCUACGACUACCUCAUGUCUUACAUCGAAAUCAUCAUCAAAGACUACAUGACAGCAAUUGUAGAAGCCGAAGAUGAAGAAGACAAGGAAGAUGCAGAAGCUGCAUUGGCUCUCGCUCGCAGACUAGCCAGCUUACUGCCGAAAAUUUUCCCUUCCCUCCAGUGUCCUCCCGAGCGAACAGUCAUUUGGCAUGACGAUCUAUCAUUACAGAACAUCCUAGUAGACGAGCAAGGAAAUAUCACUGCUGUAGUUGACUGGGAGUGCGUUUCGGCUACACCAUUGUGGGUGGCUACCAAGGCGCCCAAGUUCUUGGAGGGACCAAGCCGGGAGAAGGAACCAGUGCGCCAGGACUACGCUGACGAGGAUUCCGAACAGCCCAGCGCGCCAGACGGUGCCGAAGAUGAGUUGGACAACGAGGGAAAAGAUGAGCUGUACUGGAUUCAUUUGAUGGAGUAUGAAACAACCCAGCUUAGGAAGUUUUAUCAUGCAAGCAUGUGUCAUUUACGACCGGGCUGGGAGGUGCAAGUCAGUGAAAGCUCGUUAAAGGCAGACUUUCUUGGGGCAGUCGUGCGCUGUGGCGAUGGUUUCCACCUGAGGAGAAUAGAUCAAUGGGUUGACUUGAUUGAAAAGGGUGAGUGCCCUAGGUUGAUGGAUGUGCUAGAGGAAGGCCUGGCGGUGUUGUAG